AUUGUUUGUAGGGUUUCCGGGUGUGUUGGGCUGUGUUGAUGGCACAUUUAUUCGAAUACAGACGCCAGUAGAAAAUGAACCGGACUACGUCAACCGGAAAGGAUAUCAUUCCUUAAAUGUUAUGAUGUCAUGCGACACCAAUUUUGUUAUAACCAACUGUGUGGCGAAAUGGCCAGGGUCUUGCCAUGAUUCCAGAGUCUUUAGAGAAAGUACUCUAUGUCGUCAGUUUGAGAAUGGUCAGCAUGAUGGCUUGCUGCUUGGUGACUCUGGAUACCCAUGCAAAACCUAUCUAAUGACUCCCUACAACAAUACCAAUGAUGUACGACACAAAGAGCGGUUCAACUCAGCACUGUGCCGUACACGAGUUGUAAUUGAGCAAACUUAUGGGAUUUUAAAGAGGUUUCCAUGCCUGGCAGCUGGUCUGCGGACAAAACCGGAUAGAGCCUGUCAAUAUGUGGUGGCAUGUGUGAUUCUACAUAAUAUAGGCAUUUUGAGACAGGACAUUGUGACCAUUUCAGCUGAUGACCUACUCAUAGCUGGACCAGAUGUCCAAGAGAUUGAUCACGCCAACAACAACGGUUUCACAUACAGGGAUAUCAUUGCCAGACAAUGUUUUAAUCAAUGAACAAAUCAUGAUUGUAAUAUAUCAAUCAAGGUCAAAGGUCAAGGUCACCGGAGGUACAUAUGUACUAAUUAGUUGGUCAAAACAUCUUUUUAUCAUUUCCAAAGACUUCCUGUCUCUAUCUAUUCCAGUUCUACAAGGAUACCA